CCCAUUAAACUGCAUUUCAGGGGACGCGCCACAUUAUGAACUCAAUCACAAACCUACUUUAACUUAAAAGCCGAAAAUACAAAAUCAAGGGAAGAUGCGAAAACCCAGCUGCGGUCGGUCUGAAAGCAUUAACACAUAACCCGAGUAAAAUGAAAGAGAAGAAUAUAGUCGUCCAGUCCGCAGACAAUUUCAUAGCCUUAUCUUGCUAGCGACAGACAAACGAUGUCAUCACGCAUAAGCGUCUUGGUUUGUGGCCACAACCAACAUGGCCGUCGCCCCUUCACCUGCUGGUCAUGUGCCGCAUCCCUUCUAACCUGUUAACACUCCUACUCUAUAGUCGCCGGGGUUUGUGGAACCCGGUUGUGUCCGCAGCUGUCUGUGGCGUGAAAUGGCGGCGGUGCGAGGGCUUCGGGUGUCGGUGAAGGCGGGCGGCGGCGGCGCUGAGCCUGAACCUAUGGAAGUGGAAGAAGGGGAGGUGGAGGCCCCAGCGGAGCAGACCUCCCCGCGGGAGGUGGUAUCGGACAACAAUCGGCGCUAUGAGAACAGGGCUGGAACCUUUAUUACUGGGAUUGAUGUCACUUCAAAGGAGGCUUUUGAGAAAAAGGAGCAGAGGGCAAAGCGCUUUCAUUUUCGAGCGGAAGUCAGUGACGAUCAAAGGAAUGUUGUACUAGAUCGAGAGAUGAUAAGAAAAGCAAUCCCCAAAGUGCGCCUAGAAACUCUUUAUGUGUGUGGUGUUGAUGAUAUGAGCACUCAGGAUAUCUUUGGAUUCUUUAAGCAAUACCCUCCAGGAUACAUUGAAUGGCUGGAUGACUGCUCCUGUAACGUUGUGUGGCUGGAUGAGGUGACUGCUUCUCGUGCUUUGUUAAACCUAAGCAGCAUGCCCACUAAUGAAAAAGGCCAAAGAAAAAAAGAUGGGCAACACCGUUCUGCCAGGUCCAAAAAGGAUAGACUUGAUGACAGUCCACUGAGCUCUGGAGAUGAGACUGAGGAGGGUGAAGUAGAAGAGGACAAUCCCAGUGAAGCAGAAGUUGAAACUGAAAACAAAACCGUGAACUCACCAGAUACACUUUCCAAAGCUGAACAGGCAUCUUUAUUGAAAAACGAGCUCCGACCUUCCAUUAAAAUAGUGAAAGAAAAUCGGCUAUACAUGAGAUUUGCCACUAAAGAGGACAAGAAAGAGCUUGGAGCAGCACGUAGGAGUCAGUACUAUAUGAAAUAUGGAAACCCUAACUAUGGAGGGAUGAAGGGUAUCCUCAGCAACUCAUGGAAGAAAAGAUACCAUUCCCGGCGCCUUCAAAGAGAUGUAAUAAAGAAGAGGACUUUUAUCGGGGAUGAUGUUGGUUUAACACCAACUUACAAACACCACCACUCAGGACUGGUGAACGUUCCAGAAGAACCCAUUGAGGAAGAAGAGGAGGAAGAGGAAGAAGAUAUGGACGAGGAUGAUCGUGUGGUAGAAUAUAGAGAUGAGCUUCAGGCAUUUAAAAGAGAACGGGAAGGUGCACGGCGCUCUGCAGCCAGCAAUUCUGACUCCGAUGAGAUGGACUAUGAUUUGGAACUGAAAAUGAUCUCCACACCUUCACCAAAAAAGAGCAUGAAGAUGACUAUGUAUGCCGAUGAGGUUGAGUCUCAGCUCAAAACUAUAAGAAACUCUAUGAGGUCUGAGUCCGUAGGCAACAGUGUGAAAAGUCGAAUUGGCAGCAAAUCCCAUUCUGAGAAACCAGCUGAUGUGCGGCUGAUACUAGAAGAGAAAAGGCAAAGUACAACAUCAGGGCAACAAUGCAGCAGUGGGAAAUCAGAUGUGCGCCAAAGGCUUGGAAAGAGGCCGCAUUCCCCUGAAAUAAGAAAAACGUUAACCGUAGCUCCCACAUCCCGAAGAGAACCAUUGUCUGACGUACACAGCCGACUGGGUCUGCCAAAACAGCCUGAAGGAAAAGGACUGUACUCUGACAGCAAGGAAAAGAAAACAGGAAGUCUUUGGAAUCGCUUAGGAACUGCUCCAAAAGAGAAGGACAGACCCAGUGAAAAGACAGAGAAAUCCCUGGCAGCCCCAGAAGAGGAGGACACUGUAUUACAACAAGUCUGGGGAGCUCUGAUCAAAGAAAAGGAGCAAAUCCGGCAGAAAAAAAGCCGUCUGGACAACUUGCCUUCCUUACAAAUCGAGAUAAGCCGGGAAAGCAGCUCUGGCUCAGACACAGACUCCUGAUGACUUUAGACUGAUGUUGCACUGGACUAAAGCUUCUAAAGCAUGGCAGCCACCCCAAAAAUCUGCCCCCUCUGCCUUUCACAAACCUUUAUUAUAUAUGGAAGCUGAGACACCAGUAGUGGCAGUGGUGUCCUCAAUGCACCUUUAUAUCUCGGAUUACCAGAGAUUAAACAGUAGGUAAUGGUAAUUACUGAGCGUUUCUUUGUAUUUGGUGGAAUGGAAAGGAGGAUCAGUGCAUCGUUUUCCUAUGUGUCGGUCCUCCCCUCCUUCAGAGCAAGGCCUCGCUGGCUUCAUUUGCUGCAGAUGAGUUUUUGUUUUUACUUGUCAGAUUCUUGUUAGGAUAACAGCUAGAACUUAUUUAUACUGCUGUAUAAUUCUAAGACAGAAUCCAGUAUAUGACUUAUUUCAUAUGCAUACAAGCUAUAGGAAUAAAACCCAAUGUUUGCUUCCAUUACAGUCGUUCCAAGAUGUAAUCUGAUGUUAAUGUUCUGCUUCGUAUCCUGAGAGAAGAAAAUUGCUGCAGUAGAUCUGGUGGUUUCUGGCAUGUAUUAAUGUUGGCAGUUCUGUGCUCCGUGAUCUUUUUCUUAGACAACUCUCUACACCAUGUCUGACUGGGCAGCAGCAGCUCUGCACAAGCCAUUAAAGGAGAAUGAAAGGUGAACUAAAAGUAUUGCUGAAUAGAAAGGCAUCCUUGUAUUUAACUGCUCUUAAUUAUUUGUGUGUUAUUGCUUGCACUCUGUAGCAAGCGCUGCUUCGAGAUAGGGAGUCUCUGUCGGAUGACGUUACAAAAAUAAGUCUCUGUUUCUUCCUUGAGUCUCAGUGCGCAUUUGUAGAUAACAAAUUGAUCCUCCUCGCUACGAUGGCGUGCUUAUAGUAAGCUCAGGGCAAAGGCAGGCAUCAUUCGCACAUGCUCACAAAGUAAAAUGCAGGCACGGGAAGUAGCGCUUACCUUACAAAGAUGGCACCGGCAUUUGGAGACAAAGGUUGUAAUUUUGAUCAACCAAAACAAAUGAUAUACUUAGAUCGUAGGCUAAAAACUUAGCGAUCGGCUAGAACAAUGUGUGAACUGUUGCAGAGGGUAGUGGUUAGUUGUUACCUUUCGUUCUUCUUUAAACGCCAGCAACAUCUGGUUUUCAAGCAAUGCUGGAUUUUUGUUUUAUUCAAUAACAACUAAUGGACCUCUGUGUGGAGCUCUCAGUGCAGACUUUUUUUUUUUUUUUGUUAUACAAUUAUGUAUAAAAUCCAUGAUUGAGCUUUGGAGUCAGGGCACAUGCUCAGAUUCAGGGAGAUUAGUUGCCCAGCAACCAACCCUCCCAAACUGCUUCCCAUCGGCUAGAAUGUUUUCCGAAGUCACCCGAAGUUUCCUGGCGAGACGACUCAGAGUGACAUCCUGCAGUGGAUUUACAUUCUAGCGGCGGGAGGCAGUUCGGGGGGGGGGGGGUUGGUUGCCCUGAAGAAAAGAUUUGUUGCCGGGCAACUAAUCUCCCCGAAUCUGAGCGUGUGCCCUGACCCUUGGAGCUGAAAGCACUUUUUGUAGGAUUUGGACUCAAUUCUUGGUGCUCAGCCAACCAAACCUGAACCCUAAAGGUCAUGUGACUUAUAAUAUACUGGACAGCUGUAGGUAGAAAUCUGGAAGAUACGUAUAUGCUCAAAUGGUAAAGACUAAGGCACUUACCAUUGGUUGUUUUCUGCAUCUUCCCCCCCCCCCAGCUUUCUAGGCAUCCCAUGAAGACUUUCACCAUUGGCCCAUGCACAGUAGAGAGGUGCAGAGGAUGCCUGAGAAGCUGGGGAAAGACAGCAGAGAACUACUCCCAGGUUGCUUUUUAAAAAGAGAAGUGCUGGCCUGUGCUAAGUAAUUCAUAUAUAUCAGUGACUGAGGCUUUCAUUGUCCUUUAAUAGUUAAGGUUCAGUAUUUAGCCAAAUUUUUUAGGGAAGAGCUCCGUAUUUGGCCAAAUCCCACGUUGAUGGAUUCAGUGCAGCUCUAAAACAAUUCGAGAGCUCACCUCAACAUAUUGCUCCAGAGAUUCCUGCAUGCCAGAUGCCAUGAGCGCUACUGUCGUAUCCUAGCGCUGGUCCCACAGUACACGUAGCUCAUGUUAAAGGCGGCACAUUUUCAGAAUUCUGUUUUUCCUUUAUUGCCAUCAUCGAUGAGUGGGGGAAUGCAAAUAUCGCUCAUCAUCUGUCAAACUGGUGUAAGCAUUCUGUGUUUUGUUUUUUUUAUACUCUUGCUAUUAAUAACAUCAGUUGUGUUUGUA